UUGUCAACAGCCUAACCGACGACAGAAAUUUCUCAGAGACCAAACAUAACCUUCCUUGUUACACCCAUUAUGAAGAAAAUACAGAUCCGAUCAAAUCGUAAAUCACAUAAACUCGUCGAUCAGAGAGAGAAAAAGAAAAAAAAAAAAAAACCAGGUCAUAUUUUCUGUUAAUUUCUUCAAAUCUAUCAAUUAAUUCGGGUUUAAUACUUAAACUUAAUUAAUUCUGAGCUCAGAGAAGUUUGCAUUAUUUGCUGUUUCACCACAUCAAGAGAAAAUAUUAUGUGGCUCCAGCAAUUAUGUGGUUUAGAUUUUAGGAUUUCAAUGGCCUGAACUGGAUUUGAUGAUACCAAAGGCAAUGAUAGAGUUUGGUUCGAAUACUGAAAAAGUUGAAGAAAGUGAAAGUGACAAUUUGACUAGUGAAGAUAAAAGGUCAUUGAUUAGGCGGGAUCCCUCAUUCUCGGGCUGGAGUGAAGAGGAUGGGAACAUCCAGUUAUCUCUAUCAGAAAAUGAGGAUGUAAAUUCUGAGGAAUUCAAUUUUGAACAGAAUUUGGUACAACGGAGUGGGUUGGAAAAUGCAUAUUUAGGGGGAGAGAGACACCAUUCAAGCAAGCUCCAGUUAGGGAUGGAUCGUAGUAGUGAUGUGGACGAUGCAUCCACUAAUGAUUUGAGAAAUGGGAACAAGAAUUAUGAGCCCUUUGAUAUUGAAAAUAGAGUAAAAAAUGAUCACAGAUAUUCUAGUACUGGGGCAAAUGGCUCUGGUUACAUGGAUUACCGUGGUACAUCGAGGUCAAAUUCGAAGAACUCUAUUUCUGUUGCUGAUCUUCUGCAAACUUUGUUUUUUAUACUCAUGUGGUACACAUUCAGUACAUUCUUGACACUGUAUAAUAAAACUCUAUUAGGGGAUCAUCUAGGGAAAUUCCCUGCUCCCUUACUGAUGAAUACUAUACACUUUACAAUGCAAGCUGUUUUGUCAAAGGCCAUUACUUGGUUUUGGUCUGAAAGAUUUCAAUCCUCUGACAUGUCAUGGAGGGAUUACUUUAUGAGAGUUGUACCGACGGCCCUCGGCACUGCAAUGGAUGUUAAUCUGAGCAAUGCAUCCCUUGUUUUCAUCUCUGUUACAUUCGCCACUAUGUGUAAAUCAGCAGCACCAGUAUUUCUUCUUAUUUUUGCCUUCGCAUUCAGACUGGAGUCUCCAAGUGUUAAGCUGCUUGGUAUCAUGUUAGUCAUCUCUGUUGGAAUAUUAUUGACAGUUGCAAAGGGGACGGAAUUUGAGUUUUGGGGUUUUAUCUUCGUUAUGCUUGCUGCUGUUAUGUCUGGUUUUCGCUGGACAAUGACCCAGAUCCUUCUUCAGAAAGAAGUAUAUGGUCUCAAAAAUCCACUCACUUUAAUGAGCUAUGUGACCCCAAUAAUGGCGAUUUCAACUGCUCUACUUUCUCUUAUAUUGGAUCCAUGGCAUGAAUUCAGAGCAAGCGAUUAUUUUGACAGCUCACGGCAUAUCGCAAGAAGUUGUUUGCUGAUGUUGUUUGGUGGAACUUUGGCUUUCUUCAUGGUAUUAACGGAAUACAUUCUAGUAUCAGUAACUAGUGCAGUAACAGUAACAAUAGCUGGGGUUGUCAAGGAGGCUGUCACUAUCUUGGUUGCCGUAUUCUAUUUCCACGACGAGUUCACCUGGUUGAAAGGGGCUGGUCUUGUGACGAUAAUUGUUGGUGUCAGUUUAUUUAACUGGUACAAGUACCAGAAGUUGCAGACGGGCGAGGUAAGUGCAGAUGGAAUGGGAGGUCCAACAACAGAUAAUUCACCAUCAAAGUAUGUCAUUCUCGAUGAGAUGGACCAGGAAGAAGAUAUCCCGUAAAAGCUCAGCAUUUGCGUAAUUUGAAUCUAUAAACUUGAUUUUCUAUCAGGUUGAUGAUGCAAGAAGGCAUGUUUUCGUCAGGAAAUUGGAGUUGGCAAAUUUGUUGACUUCAAUUUUUUGCGACAAUUUUUUAGCCCGAUGAAAACAAAUUUUUCUAUGUUCAGUUGAGAUUGUAUAUUCAUAUUCUGCAUAAGGUUUGUUCCUCUUGUAUCUAAAUUUUGUCAUUAUCUUCAGAUUUUUAAUAACAUUUUCAGAUUGAGUGAAUA